AUGGCCAUGAACCUCACCAACCAAGUGCGAUCUAUCGCGCAAGUUACGAAAGCUGUAGCUGGUGGUGAUUUGACGAAGAAGAUUGAUGUUGAUGCGAGGGGUGAGAUUUUGGAGUUGAAGGACACUGUUAAUGGGAUGACGGCUAGUUUGAGUGUGUUUGCUGAUGAGGUUACGAGGGUGGCGAGGGAAGUCGGAACGGAAGGACGGUUGGGUGGUCAAGCGCGUGUUACGAAUGUUGGUGGGACGUGGAAGGAUUUGACGGAUAAUGUCAACGUCAUGGCGAACAAUUUGACGUUGCAGGUUCGGACUAUUGCUGUUGCUACGACCGCCGUAGCCCGUGGUGACCUCACGCAGAAGAUCACUGGAGUUUCCGUUUCUGGAGAAAUGCUCUCCCUCGUCAAUACCAUCAACGACAUGAUUGACCAGUUGGCUAUUUUCGCUGCCGAGGUUAAGAAGGUCGCUCGAGAAGUCGGAACGGAAGGAAAGCUUGGCGUUCAAGCUGAAGUUGGGAACGUGCAGGGUAUUUGGCAGGAAAUUACUCUCUCCGUCAACACCAUGGCCGGCAACCUCACAACCCAAGUGCGAGGUUUCGCGCAAAUCAGUGCGGCGGCGAUGGACGGUGAUUUCACGCGAUUCAUCACUGUUGAAGCGAGUGGUGAGAUGGAUAGUCUCAAGACGCAGAUUAACCAGAUGGUUUUCAAUUUGAGGGAUAGUAUUCAGAAGAAUACGGCUGCGAGGGAGGCUGCUGAGUUGGCUAAUAGGAGUAAGAGUGAGUUUUUGGCGAAUAUGAGUCAUGAGAUUCGGACGCCUAUGAACGGUAUCAUCGGUAUGACGGAGCUUACGCUCGAUAGUGAUCUUAAUCGAUCGCAACGCGAGAGUUUGCUGCUCGUCCAUUCGUUGGCGAGGUCACUGCUUUUGAUUAUUGAUGAUAUUUUGGAUAUUUCCAAGAUCGAAGCCGGCCGGAUGACGAUGGAAGCUGUGACCUACUCCCUCCGCCAGACUGUCUUUGGUAUCCUCAAGACCCUCGUCGUCCGCGCUUCGCAGAACAACCUCGACCUCACGUAUGACGUCGAGCCUGAUAUUCCCGACCAGCUCAUCGGCGACUCGCUCCGUCUCCGACAGGUUAUCACCAACCUCGUUGGUAAUGCUAUCAAGUUCACGCCAUCCAAGGUGAACAGGAAGGGUCAGGUUGCGUUGAGCACGCGGUUGUUGGCGAUGGAUGAUCAGAGUGUUACUCUCGAGUUCUGCGUUACGGAUACGGGUAUUGGUAUUGCCAAGGACAAGUUGAACUUGAUUUUCGACACGUUCUGUCAAGCUGAUGGUUCGACUACUCGUGAAUACGGUGGCACUGGUCUCGGUCUCUCCAUCUCCAAGCGUCUCGUCUCGCUCAUGCAAGGCAACAUGUGGGUCGAGUCGGAAGUGUCCAAGGGAUCCAAGUUUUACUUCACCAUCACGUCGCAAAUCAACCACUCGUCUAUGGAGGCUACGCUCGGCAAGAUGCAGCCUUUCGCCAAACGCACGAUCUUGUUCGUGGAUACGCUGAGGGAUACGACUGGAGUGGUAAAUAGGAUUAAGGAGUUGAAUUUGAGGCCGUAUGUUAUUCAUGAGGUUGCGGAGGUGGCGGAUAAGGAGAAGUGUCCGCAUAUUGAUACGAUUGUUGUUGAUUCGUUGAAUGUGGUUGAAUCACUUCGCGAACUCGAACACCUGCGGUACAUUCCUAUCGUCCUCCUUGCCCCCUCCCUCCCACGUCUCAACCUCAAAUGGUGCCUCGACAACUCGCUCUCCUCGCAAAUCACGACACCGGUAUCGGCCCAAGACCUCGCGUCUUCACUCAUCUCCGCCCUCGAGAGUAACACUGUUUCGCCUGUCUCUGCGCCGAACGAUGUGACGUUUGAUAUACUCCUGGCGGAGGAUAACUUGGUUAACCAGAAGCUGGCGGUGAAGAUUUUGGAAAAAUAUGGGCAUAGUGUUGAGAUUGCGGAGAAUGGAAGUUUGGCGGUUGAUGCGUUCAAGGCGAGGGUUGCGCAGAAUAAGCCGUUUGAUAUUAUCCUCAUGGACGUGUCUAUGCCUUUCAUGGGUGGUAUGGAAGCUACGGAGUUGAUUCGGUCGUAUGAGAUGCAUAAGGGGUUGACGGCUACUCCUAUCAUUGCUUUGACUGCUCAUGCCAUGAUUGGUGAUCGUGAACGGUGCUUGCAGGCUGGUAUGGACGAUCAUAUCACCAAACCUCUCCGACGAGGCGACCUCCUCAACGCCAUCAACAAGCUCGCCGGCGCGAACCGCAAAGAACCGCACCACCUCAUGCGCCGCCCGCCUGCUAUCGCUCCUGGACCUUCAACGUUUACUCUCGCCUCGUAA